AUGGCUUUAACAUUGUUAACGUACUCUGCGUUAUUCCUGAUUCUCCUUCUUUUCCUUGGAUUCUUGUCGUUUGUUUUGCAUGUCCACCAUCAGCAUUUGCGUUACGACCACAUCCCUGGGCCUCCAAGAGAUAGCUUCUUUACCGGCAAUAUCCCGUCUAUUCGACGAGAGAAAAAGAGAGCUCAAGAUAAAGGAAUGACCAUUAUAUGGAUGAACUGGUAUCGGCAAUACGGAUCGGUUUACAUUACUUGGAUUUAUUUUAUUCCCGUUGUCAUUUUGUCUGACCCAGACAUGGCCAAAAAAGCCCUCAUCACACUGAAUUUGCCCAAAGCAGAGCGUGUCUACUCCAAGCUGAGUAACGUGUUUGGCCACCGGGCUUCUGGGCGGGGGAUUUUGACGGAAGUCGAUCACGAAGUCUGGCGUCGUAAGCGAGCAAUGUUAAACCCAGCAUUUCACAGAAGGUAUUUAAUGAACUUGAUGGACGCUUUUAAUUCCAUUUGUGACGAUUUUCUCGAAAAUCUGAGGAAAUAUGCCGAUGGUAAAACGCCUGUCAGGAUGGUGAAUGAAUUUGGAAGGGUUACUCUUGACAUUAUUGGCAAGGUACUGUAUGCUGGUUUUCACGUUUAGUGACUAUUCAGAAAUGUAACAGCAAUAAUUAUGUUACAUCACUAAUAUUGAUAUUGAUCUUCCAACCAUAGACUUAGGCCCUGUCCACACAAAUCCAAACGUUUUUGAAACUACAUAUCUUCACACUCCAAAUUUGUGUGGACAGGGCCUUAAACCACUCUGAGGAGCAGUUUAAAGAAGGGGCUUGGGCUUGUUUAAAACAUGAAAUAGCGAAAUGACGAAAUGGUGAAAUGAAUAAAAUUAUUUAGAUGAAGUUGUUACGUACAUUCUCAACCUGAGCUCUACACUAUUGCGCAGCCAUAAGAUAUGAAGGUUCUGGUGACGAGAUUUGUUGUCACGCAGAGCUUGAGUGUUGUGCACAUACAAGCUCAUCACACAUGCUGAAAAUAGCACUUCCAUGGGGAAAUUUGCGUAUUACAAAGCUAAGCUGCAGUCAACUUUUACAUAUGUGAGGAUGAAGAAGUAAAAAGUCUUAAGUCAAAAAAAAGUUGCUAAGAGUUCUACAAGUACAAAUAUAGACAGGGUAAUUAUAAGCAUGGUAUUACCUGCACAAUUGAUCUGAUUUGCUUGAUAAACGUUCAAAUUGACUGGGACUCUGUGACAUGUAUAACGUAUUCUACAGACUACUAUCAACGUCUUACUUUAGAAAGCUGGUUUACUAACUUAGAACAAACGCCUGACUGAAUCGCAGCCAACAGUUACCAGCGCCGUACAAACAACUCAUUGACGAGAUCAAGGAAAAUUAACUACGUGAGAACGACUGGAGAACUGACAACUUGACUAACAAUAGACGACUGUUUAACUGUGACAAUAGACAGAUCGAAACGUACCAAUUACUGAUUAUGAGUCCUCAUAGCCAAUAACAUCAUGGCUUAACUGACAGACGACCAAUAACAUCGCGACGUAAUUGACCAAUCAGAUCAAUAACCAGAGUGUAAUACCAUCAACUGACAUGAUACAACUCACUUUGACUCUGAAGAUGACUACCGUACAGGUUGUCGAAACGUCAGUCACUGUCAACAACAACAGUCCUAUUCAGGACUACGUUCACCCGGACAAUCAAACUCAACCUACUUUUGAAAUGACUCCUGGGUUCAAACCUUUCACAGUUGAUAAACUUUGUUUGCAGUCUCCAAGUAUACGAAAGCAAUAACUAUAACGUGAAAUUUGCUCUAUUGCAAUAAUGCCAAUAAAUGGCUUUAAAACAAGACGACAUGCAUUUUGUCCUUUGUACAAAACAAAUAUGUAGAAAGAUCAUGUGACUGCGAUAAUUUACGAACAAGAAAGGGAAAACUGUGAUGGCACAGUAACAUUAGUGAGGUUUUGCAUGGCUGAGCAAAGUUUUGCUGGUUCAUGAAUAGAAGGCAAAGAAAUAACAGCAUACUAGUUAGACUCGACAAAAAAACGGGGAGUCGUUUGACAGAUGUUUUUACUGUUUAGGAAAGUCAUUUUGCAAUUUCGUGUUUUAAACGCACCCUUAAAAAAGAUGGGCUUUUGGUCAGCAGAAUGUCAUAUUUUUGACUGGUUCAUGUGGAUGGAUGGCAAAUUCGUGUAAAAUAAUGUGCAGUUUCAAAUAUGAAAUAUCCAGAUUCUUGUGGACUGGGUGUUACCUUUCCACUGAAACAAAGUUUUCAGAUUUCUAAAACAAUGUUGGAGUUAUCACUAUCAAAAACUACAGCAUUUCAGUCUGGUGAAAAUUAAGCCAACAGAGGCCAGCAGAGUCUGGUAUUUUGCAUAAUGAAUGUGUUGCUGACAAUAUGCAGCUGAAUCUAGAAUUAGACUGCAGUGCUGUUACAAUGAUUUAAAGUACAAGUAGCAUGUACAUAUUCACACAAAACAUUUUUAUACCUGUGUGCGAUCUCUUCAAGUAAUUGGGGGUCCAUAAACCCACAACCUGAGAUAACAGGAGGCCUAGCCUUCAAAAUAAUUUUUCUCAGCCCCGCAGGCUUCAGUUAGGCCUAAAACUAAGUGCCAAAGCUACUUGGCUCUUAGAUCAACAAUUAACCUGUGUCAAUCGGCUGAGCUCCACCUUGUCAAGUGUUAUUAAUUGAUUACACCCCUUAGCACUGGAUUGCUGAUGAUGAUCAGAGGUAAAAGAAGAAGUCAAUAACAUUCAUGGAAACAAGUACGGUGAUUGGAUGUGAUUGGUCUAUUCUUCUGCUUCUGCUUGCAACAAGAAAGGAGGAAGGAGGGUUGGGAAGGAGGUUAGGACACCCUAUUAAUACAGACACUUUCUAUGGACCCCGCAGUGCCUUUAUUAAUAUAGUUUGACCAUAUUUCAUUUCAGGUUGGUUUUGGCAUCAAUCUGAACAAUGUAGGAAAUCCAGACUCAGCAUUUCCAAGUGCCGUGUCAAAAACACUGGAAGGAAUGCAAGCAAAUUUCCAAAAUCCAUUUUGGAUGUUCCAGAUAUCUGCAUUUCCCUUUCAAAAUUCUGUCAUCGAUGCUAUAAAAUACCUUCGUCUCUUUGCCAAGAAUGUCAUCAAAGAGCGGUGUUUGGCUUUACAAAAUAGGGAUGAGACACCAAGUGAUAUAUUGGAACAUAUUGUCAAAGGAGCACAAGAGAACCCUGAGAUCAACAUGGAUGACUUGGUGGACAAUUUCUUGACAAUUUUUAUUGCAGGUAUGAAUAUACAGAAUGCUCUGUUUGUAUUUUGUUUAUUUGUUUCUUUCUUUCUAGAACAGGGAGCUUUGUUUAUUUUUAAGGUUGCUGUACUUUUGCAGCCCCCAUAACCCAUUCACCCCUCAACCACUUGUAACCCACAAUCGGCAACAAAAUGAGUUGAGACACUUGGCCCAAAACUGGGCUUUUUUUACGUUUUAUUAACUUUAAAAGGAGGAAAUAUUGCUUUCCUCCCCCAUCCCCUCCGUGCAAUGUUGUGCCCUUGUUCUAGCUACCUAUAGAAAACAACAAACACCCAACUUUGAAUGGAGGGGACAGGGGGGGGGGGGUGCGGAUUCUAAAAAGUUAUUAUUAACUUCUAGCCCAAUGGUUGUUGUUUUUUUUUUUUUUUUUAAAAUAGAAAAAGAAUAUAUUUUUUUCCCCCCCCCCCCCCCCCUCUUAGUGUUUUGUCCUUGUUUUCUGCUAAUAAAAAAAAAAAAAAACACACCCAGGUUGGGGGGGGGGGGGGGGGGGGGGGGGGGGGGGGGUGCGGAUUCUUUUGUUCUCCGAAGUUACCCUAGUUAAGUACAAUGUCUCAACAAUUUUGUCGCCGAUUGUAGCCUCCCUGCACAUACAUUCUUAGGGGUUCCUCACAUGUUCCUGCCCCAGCUAGAAGAGCACAUAACAAACCCCUAAGAAUGUCUGUAGGGGAGGCUACCUGUAACUAUCCGUGUGGAUCCAUGUCCCUUGUAUCUCUUAUCUCAUUUUAAGCGAAAUUCUCAGGGGCGAUUGGGUGAAGCCAUGAACACCUGAACACCUGUUAGGGUUUAUUUUGUAUAUAUACAAUACUUUAUUUCAAAAUAGCAAGCAUUGUUGCAAACAAGUGCAGUUAUUAAGAAAAAGGAAACCCAGAGGUCAACCCUAUAUUAAGGAUCUCCUAAAAGAACAAAAAACUAUGUAUAUAAAUAUUACAAUAAAAAUAUGUACAUUAUAUAAAAGGAAGUUAAUAAAAAUAUCUUUAUAAAAAUCACAGAAACAUCUUUAACAAAGUAUGGAAUGUACAUUCAAUAAAUAUUCAUGUGAUUUUUCAAUCUUACUUUAAACUUGUUAAUGUUUGGACUGUCGUGACAAUUGAUUACGUUACUUGGAAGAUCGUGACAAAACUUGAUUAUCUUAACAAAGAAGGAAUAUUUAUAACAGUUUAAUUGUAUCUUAUAUUGUAUCUUAUAUUGAUGGUUGGAUCUAGUCUUUAUGCUCUUGCACAGUUCAAAAUAAUCACUGAAGUUUAGACCAUUCAGACUGAAUAUAAUCUUACAGCACUCCACCAGAGAUAGGAAUUCUCUCCUUCAUUCUAAAGAGUUCCAUUUAAGAAUUUUACACCUAUCCUCAUAUGCGAUGAGUCACCCAGUUAGCCAUGCUGCCUGCUUUAUCAGGCUAGCUAGGCCCAUGUGUUUCUUCUUCAUAGCAGUUCUUUGUGCUUUUAUGAGAAUGUUGGCUGGCACACUCACCAAGAUCUUGGCCAAGCAACGGAGAUCUCGGCAAGUGUGCCAGCCCACUUUCUGAUCUCAAAUAGACACAAUGGAAAUUUUAUGAGGAGACAAGUUGUGAGCUGAGCCAGCCUGGUAAAGUGAAACAGCCCAGCUAACUGGGCUGGCUCACCCCAAUUAAAAUAAACAGGCCCUUAUAUGUUAGGCACUCUAGAUUUCAGACCUCCCUGAAAGGGUGUUCUCUGCUUUUAUGCUCUCGGAAAGUCCAGUUUUUAGCUACAUGAAUGCACCUUUAUUGGUGAGACCUCCCUGAUGGGAUGUCCGAGACCACUUUUUGUUACUUUGUUUCCUAAAUAUGAUUUCUUUAUUUCAUUCAAAACUCUAAUAGGGCAAGAAACAACAUCAAACCAGCUCUCAUUUACUCUGUAUGAAAUUCUAAACCAACCAAUGAUUGAAGAAAGGUAUGUGGCAUAACCUCUUGAUUUUUUAUUAAGAUUUGGUGUAAAAAAUAUAAAGUCAGUAAUGAAGAACGAUAUAAUCUACUUAACAAUUAUUCCAUGAGUGUGCAUUGGACAUGGGAUGGUAGGUAGCCAAUAAGGCACUGGCUAAAUCAACUCAUGUCCAACAAGCGUGAGUGUAAUAAUUGUUUUAUUAAAAAUGCCCACAAAAUAUGGAGAAUUCUUCCUAACUUUAUUUGUAAAAACAACUGAUUUUCAGCUUGUAUUUAAUUUUGAGCACACGCAUACAGUUACCAUAUUUGGAGAGCAUGAUAUAACAGCUCAUAUAUCAUGAUGGCUGAGCCAAUCAGAGCUAUAGCUAGAAUUGCAUUAUCCAAUGAUUCAGUUUUUAACAAUAAUAUGUACAACUACAAAUAAUUAUGAUAUUGAAAACGUUCAGCUAUGCUAAUGUACCCCCCAGGGGGGGUACUCGGGACUUCAAGUGAUGGGGAUGAUCGAAGGAUUUUUUUGGGUUUGAAAUAAAUUUUUCGAUUCCGAGAUUUUUUUGGGUACGAAAAUUUGGCUUGGGUAGCUUGAUUUGAGUAGGGAUUUUUUGGGGGUAUUAAAAAGAAUCAGAUGAGGGAAAGGAUAUAUUCAGAUGGUAUGAUGAAUAAAAAACACGAGUGUUCAAUUUGCAAUGUUUUUCUUUGUGUUAUAGCAUUACCUCUUUCUGGAACUUUUAAGGGCCACAAAAUCGGCAUGGGAUUUUUUGGGGGUUAAUUUUUGGUCCAGGGAUUUUUUUGGGGUUUUGCUGGAAGCCCUAGGGAUUAUUUUGGGUCUUGACUUUUGGCUCCAUUCGAUCAUCCCCGUCACUUGAAAUCCCGAGUACCCCCCUAGGUGUACCCCCCUAGGGUUUUUUUUAUUUCUGCAAGCACAUGUUGGACUUUGUUUUGUUGUUAUCCACAGGCUCAAAAGUGAAAGUAACAUUUCAUCUCCUUUUGAACUCAUCUUGUGCUCUGGCUAAGAAAAACUGAAGGGAGCCCAGUGCUCUGAACCUGUGAAAUCCUGGGUGCCCAGCGCAAGAUUUCUAUUAAAAAACUAAGAUUUCUUGAUCACCCAUAAGCAAAAGUAAGGCGACGGACUUCAAGACUUCAAGACUUUAUUAUAAAUGGUCUAAAGAAUUUUUUUACAAGUGUCCUGGCACCGCAAAUAGCUAUAGCUUGUCUAGGCGGGCCAGGAAUGAUAUGAAAAGAAAAUAAUUGCAAUAAAAUUAAGGUUAAAAAGCAAGGAAGAUUCAUCCGUUUUCAAAUAAAUACGGAGCGAUUGACUGACUAAUUGCAAAAAUUUAUAAUCUUACGAAGAAAAGCGUAUGAAAAAGAUGCAUUUAAAACUCUAAGGAGGAAAGGAAAAACAAAACAUUCCCUCGCUGUUUUUAUAGGCAGGCGAUUACAAAAAAAUUGGUUCUGCUUUCUUAAUUUUAAGAAUAAUUUCAUCCAUUUCAUAAUAAGUAUCGCCAGCCUCCAAUUUAUCAAGCAAUGAUGCACGAAUAUUAAAUUUGAAUUUGUGUUUUGAAAGUGUGUUCAACUACAGCAUAGCCUGAGCACAGACUUGUAGAACUGUUCAACAAGAAUUUCUGUAACAAAUCAAAUAACUUUAAACAUGAACAUUACCUUCGCAGUAGAAUGAAAUGUCUAAGCGGUUAAAAAGAACCUGAAACAUUCAGGCCUGUCCAAGAAUUGAGCCCUGACCUUUGCGAUACCAGGUGCAAUGCCCUAUCCAUUGAGCUAAUCAAGCCAACUAAAGGGCAAGCCAACUAUUUACCGUAAAAUUCCGAAAAUAACCCCGGGGCUUAUAUUUUUCAAAGUCCCUUUUUGAGGGGCUUAUUUGUUGGGGGGGGCUUAUCUACGGCGGCAAAUUUGCGGUUCAAAAUCGAUUGGGCUAGCCUCAGUUAUAGUUGAAGGUAAAUUUACCGUUUUUGCUUUGUUUUACUUUGUAUUUGAGGGCAAUUUUCCAAGUACAAGCCCCCGUGGGGCUUUUUUUUGGAGGGUGAUUUAAUGGAGGGUUUUUUGCAUUACCGUUUUGGGGGCCUUAUAUUUGGAGGUGUUUAUACAUGGAGGGGCUUAUUUUCGGAAUUUUACGGUAUGUACCAGAAUUAACUCCCCUGCAUUUGAUUUAUCUUGUUGAAAUUUCUUGCCAGGAUUUUGAAAGAGGUGGAUAAAGUUCUUGGUCAUCGUGAGACUGUGGAGUAUCAAGAUCUUGGCCAACUGCAAUACCUUGACCAGACACUGAAAGAAGCCCUACGUAAGCAUCCUCCCAUUGGUGGGACUCAAAGAAUUCUUCAAAACGAAGACAUUUUUGGUGGUUACAAAAUACCAGCCAAAACUCCAGUAGUUGUUUCAUGUUAUAAUGUCCAAAAGUCUCCUGAAUUCUGGGAAUCUCCAGAUGAUUUUGAUCCAGAUCGCUUUUCCCCGUCUCGUGAAGAUGCUAUAUCACAGUCUGUGUUUUUUCCAUUCUCCCUGGGUCCUAGAAGUUGUAUUGGAAAGACAUUAGCUCAGUUUGAGGCAAAGGUUUUAAUGGCAAGGCUCCUCAGAGAAUUCAAGUUCGAGAUCCUUCCUGGCCAAACAGACCAAGUCGAAGAAAAUUUAACAUUAAAGCCUCGAGAUGGUGUAAUGUGCACUUUAACUCAGAGGUAGUGGACUAUUGCCAUGCUAUAAUUCAGUCGAGAUGACAAAAUUUCGUUCCCAGUGUAAGGUCUCUUUUCUUCUUGGGAGGGCCUGGGAAUAAGUUUGUCAACGAUUAUACUGUGCACGACUGUGCACUUAAAGAAUGUACCAGGUAUUUUGUACCAAUUAAUUUUGCGCGAGUAAUAAAUUAGAGGCUGUGUAUAGAGGGUCGCGCGUUAACAUAAAAGUUGAACCUCGCUUGACUUUCACGUAACGUACGACACUUCAUAUAGUGCCUCUAUUUUAUUUAUGGGUGUAAAAUUCACGUGCGCAUGCACUUAAAAUUUACGCAACAGUGGAAAUCCACCCUAACUCAUAAUUUCUCAUUCAUAACAAGUAAGGGUGUAAUAUGUCAAACAUGAGACAGUGGUUCUCUACAAGAUUCAAUGUCAAACCGAUAAAACCGUGAACACCAGAGAUAUUUCUGGAAUGUUAUUGCGUUGCAAGAAAACGGCCAAUCAGGCACUGAGAAAACUAAACCUCAAGCAAGAACCUUGUUUACAUGGAGUGGGGGACCCCGGUCUAGUGGGGUAGGUUUCUUUUGUUUUGUGUCCCACAGAGCGUGAAAACAAAAGAAACCAACCCCACUAGACCGGGGUCCCCCACUCCAUGUAAACAGGCCCUUAGUUUGUGGCUUGGUCGCGUGUCCUGAUCUUUGCUAUGACUGGUCACUACACAUUAUAACAUAGCUAGAAUAUUCGCCUAAUCAAAUUUAAUAGCGCGAGCGUGCAUCAUUUAACAAAUAGAU